GUUUGUCAUGAAAACGGGGGCUGGGGUGCAAACAAGCACUUAUGUUUCCAUUUCAACUGAAAAAUAGUAAGACAGUGCGACCCGGCCAACCGAUCAGAAGUGGACGAAGGAACUGAUUGGUGAAUUGAGACCGCCAUGAGAUUCAAUUUCGAUUUAAGCGGCACCGUCGGCGGCCCCAAAGACCAACGAAGCCCUACCCCUUCCACUCCUAAAGACGACGUCGAAUGGCUUCCUCUUCAAGACCACCCCCUCUUCACCAGCACAGCCCCCACCUCUGGCGAUGGUGGUGCCUCCAUCACUCCUGCCUCUCGAGCUCACAGAAAUGUCCUGGCGUGGGACGGUGCUUCUUGCCUUUUCUUCUGGGACGGUACCAAGCAAUGCCUGCAUCGUAUAAGUGUUCGGUUGGGUGAUCCCGAUCCUACCUCUGUUUUGGCAGCUUCGCCCUCUAAGGUGUUGCAAGCAGAUGUCAAGCUAAACUUCGUGGUCAACAAUAUAUCUGUCAAUAGAAAUGGAUCAGCACUACUUCUUGUCAGUUCAGGCACUGUACAUGUCAUGUACUUGUAUGGACGCACUUCUAAAAAAGACAAUGCCAUAAUCUGCAGAACAGUUUUAGUUGGCUCAUCUAUCUAUGCUGAUGGUGGUAAUGCCAUAAGAAUAUUGCAAGUCUCAUGGCAUCCUCAUAGUGACACUCAUCUGGGAAUCCUUUCUUCUGAUUCAGUUUUCAGGCUCUUUGAUUUGUCUUCAUCUCUUGAACAGCCAGAGCAGGAAUACUAUUUACAGCCUGUGGAACCUGGUCGAACCAGGAAUGCUGCAUCAAUCUGCCCUGCUGGCUUUUCUUUUGGGGGUGAUCACUUGUGGGACAGAUUUAGUGUUUUUGUUUUAUUUAGUGAUGGUUCAAUCUACAUCCUUUGUCCUGUGGUUCCCUUUGGAAGUGUGUACAGAUGGGAAUCUAUAUCGGAGAUAUAUAAUGAUGCUCACAUGUUUGGGCUGAAGUCGGCCAAUUCAACAGCUGUUAGUAAUUCUAAUCUGGCAAUAUCUUGGUUGGAGGCAACAUUUCCAGAAUUUUCCCAACAAGCAAAAGAGGGGGGAAAUUUAUUGGCAGUGAAAGCUUAUCCUCAUGCUUUAUUUGAUGCAUCACUUUUAUUGCAGGGCCCCCUACGCAAAUUAUGUCAUGGAGAGGAAGAUGAUUCAGAAGAUCAGGGUGCAGAAUGUGAAGGCAGAGCUGUCAGUUUUCUUUAUAAUGUAGUCAGCAAAGACUCAAUUCUUGUGACUGCCUGGAGUGGUGGGCAGUUGCAAAUAGAUGCCCUAACUGAUGAAAUCCAACCAGUCUGGAGUGUUGGUAGUCCUCCUCGCGUCUCUGUUGAUUCUCAUGACCGAAUCCUUGGUCUUGCUAUGAUAUGUGAGUCCACCAAUGAUGAUCUUUCUAUAGUGAAGCUUGAUCAGCCACUUGAUCAUACUGUCUGGUUAGGUCAUCCACCCCCAUUGUUGAGACUGGCUAUUGUGGAUUUGGCUUUGCCAAGAAACAUCCAAGGUGAUUCUUUUGUUUCAAUGUAUGUUGAUCCCCUUAUUCCUGAGAGAAUAUAUUCACUUCAUGAUGGAGGGAUAGAUUCCAUAGUGUUGCAUUUUCUCCCAUUUACAAGUCAGAUGAGUGGCAAGGAUGAGACCAUGCGAACUCCUUCUGUGAAUCCUGUUUUGAAUACAUGCCAGGGAGAAACCUCCUCUCCUUCUCCUCUUUUCGGUUUUGUGCCAUUAUCUGAUUCAUUUGGAUAUUCAUGGAUAGUGGGAGUUACCUUGUGUUAUGAAUGUAUUGUGCUGGAGAUGAAAACAUGGAAUAUAUUGCUCCCCGUACAUGCUAAUAUGGAAAGGAAACCCAUAAGCUUAGUAGAAACAACAGAGACAGAUACCCCAGAUAUUAUCAGCAAAGAACUCCUUAGUGGCCCUAAAGUGGUCCUUGUUCCUUCUGCCUCACCAAAUCUGCAGUAUGUUGCUGCUGAUUCUAUUGAAGGUCGAUCAACUCUUCAUCAAUACUGCAAACUUUUCCAUGAAAAUUACGUUGAGUAUGCACACAAGGUGUACUUUGAGCUCAAGCAUCAUGGCCCUCACCUGAAGAGAAUCAUUGAUGACCAGCAUGCUCGUUUACGUGAAGCACAACAGAAGCUUGUGAAAGUUGAGGAGAAACAGCCAGGGUUGGAGGAACGGAUGGAGCAUGCAAUUCAGCAGCACAAUCGGCUGGAUGAACGGAUUCAAAGCUUAAGAAAGCUGCCUGGGGCGCACAAGAAACCAUUGUCUAGAGCAGAGUGCGAGUUCAAAUCAUAUCUUGAUAGAUUUACAGGAGUUGAAUUAGAUGCUUGGCACUCUUCCAUUGAAGCUUUGAAUGCAAGGUUGGGAAGGUUCAUGCAAUCCCUACAAGGCAAUGCAUCUAAGGCACAAAGGCAAACAUCUGGGAGGAUGAAGAAUCAUGUCCGAGAUGCCCAAAUUUCUCAGCUGAAAUCCUCAAUUGCAAAACUCUCACUUGUCAAUAGCGCGAAUUCUAAAAAGGUCAAGCUUGUUGAAUCUGCAUUGAGAGACCGGGAAAGCAGCAGCUGAUGAAACCUGCAUAUCUUUUUAUCACUGCUAUCGCUGUGGAUGCGGUUUUAUGAUUCCUGUACAAGUUAUAUCUAGAGCUGGAGUCAGCUUCCUGAAAAUUCAGUAUUAUCAAUGUGUAUAUUUUCUUUGUAUCUGUGCUGUUAAAGAACAUGUACCAUGAGUUGCUGAUAGGGUUUUCCCCUAGUUUUGUAUUCCUGGAUGCUCUUGAAAAUGAGUGAUUUUACUGUGAAAAUAUAUUUCAGCAGGUUGAUGAGGGAUGACGAGAGAGAGAGAGAGAGGAACACACAUUACAAUAGUGAAUGCUCCUGCUUUCUCACCAGGACCCAGUUUGCUUUUAUUCAAGAAUAGCUGUUGAUCUCUA